ACCCACGGUUCUUAUCGGUAUUAUGGGUCAGGUCAAGACCCGCAGUUCUUACAGUUCUGACCUGACAUAUUACAACACUAAUUCCGGUAAUUUAACUUCAACAUCUGCUAAAGAAAACGUUGAACCUGAUACAUUUGAUCUUACAGACAACCUUAACUCUUCCAAUGGUUCUAUGAGAGUAGAAAGUUUGAAUGCAAUUAAUUGCACCGAUAGCUCUGAAACUCCUUCAAAUGAUCCUGUGAGAGUAGAAACUUUUGAUGCCACAUCGGACGUAUAUGAUCCUUUGGACCUUU